AUGAGCUCCAAGGAUCAGCAGCAGCAAGGAAACGAGGCGGAGAAGAACAUUGAGAUCUGGAAGGUCAAGAAGCUGAUCAAGCGUCUCGAAGCCGCCCGCGGAAAUGGAACCUCUAUGAUUUCCCUCAUCAUCCCCCCCAAGGAUCAGAUUUCUCGCGCAGCGAAGAUGUUGGCAGAAGAAUACGGUACUGCUUCCAACAUCAAGUCCCGAGUGAACAGACUUUCCGUUCUGUCGGCCAUUACAUCCACCCAGCAGCGUCUGAAGCUAUACAACAAGGUUCCGCCGAAUGGCUUGGUGGUCUACUGUGGUGAAAUUAUCACCUCGGAAGGAAAGGAGCGAAAGAUCAACAUUGACUUCGAACCUUUUAAACCCAUCAACACAUCCCUUUACCUGUGUGAUAACAAGUUCCACACUGAAGCCCUGAGCGAGUUGCUGGAGUCGGACCAGAAAUUCGGUUUCAUUAUCAUGGACGGUAACGGUGCGCUUUUCGGUACCCUGAGCGGUAACACCCGUGAGAUUAUUCAGCGUCUCAGCGUCGACCUACCCAAGAAGCACGGCCGUGGUGGUCAGUCUGCUUUGCGUUUCGCGCGUCUGCGUGAGGAAAAGCGUCAUAACUACGUUCGUAAGAUCGCCGAGUUGGCGGUGCAGAACUACAUCACAAACGACAAAGUCAACGUUGCUGGAAUUGUGUUGGCCGGUUCGGCCGACUUCAAGAACGACUUGAACCAGUCUGAUCUAUUCGACCAGCGCUUACAAGCCAAGGUCAUCAAGGUUGUCGAUGUGUCAUACGGUGGUGAGAACGGGUUUAACCAGGCCAUUGAACUUGCUGCAGAGACUCUCAGCAAUGUCAAGUUCAUCCAAGAGAAGAAGCUUAUUGGCAGGUAUUUCGACGAGAUCAGCCAGGACACUGGCAAGGUCUGUUAUGGUGUUGAGGAUACCCUCAAGGCACUGGAGCUGGGCGCAGCCGAGACUCUCAUCGUAUACGAGAACCUGGACGUAACUCGAUGGGUUUUGAAGAACUCAGUCGGCGAAGAAAUCAUUCUCCACACUACCAAGGCCCAGGAGAGCAACCGGGAGCUCUUCCAAGACAAAGAGACUGGCGCUGAGAUGGAGGUGGUUGAUACCAACUCUUUCCUAGAGUGGCUUGCUGAAUCCUACAAAGACUUUGGUGCCACCCUAGAGUUUGUUUCUGACCGGUCUGGCGAAGGUAACCAGUUCGUGAAGGGCUUCGGUGGUAUUGGAGCUAUUCUGCGAUACAAGGUGAACUUUGAACAGCUUGCCGAUUACAGCGAUGACGACGAGUUCUACGAUGUGAGCGAGGAUGAACGGCCAGAAGCUCCGCCGGCGAGCGUUCUGACGGCUCGCCCCGUGGAUCAUGAAGAUGUCCCCGUGACUGGGGCCCAGGAGUUCGUGUACUCCUUGAAAAUGCCUGACCCCAACUUCAUGAAGCCUCGUAGAGGGUCAUCCAAGCUCUGUAACGUAGUCGCUGAAAUUAUUUCAGCGACGGAACAGAAGAUGUUGAGGUGCAAAUUGCAAUUUGAAAAGUUGGAUGCGAUUCCUUGCAAGGUUCGAUCGCCCUUCGCCAGCACUCGAAUGUAA